UGUUGUAGACAAUAAUUUACAGACAUCAAGAUUUUAAAAUUGGUAUGACAAAAUUUAUUACCAGGACAGAUGAAAUUGUGCUUAGAAAAAAACACAAGUUCUUUAAAUACACCCUGAAUCUAGAAAUUUGUUUCUAGUCUCAAGAGAAAAAUACUGAAGUCCUCUUCUUGCCACAGGAAAUAACACUUAAUUUUAAUAUUUUAAAAAUCUAGAAACCAGGAAACUGAUUUCUAGUACCACCUUAGGCAAGAAAAACUAGCUGGGUGACUUUGAGCAGUCUCUCUCAGCAUAUUUUACCUCACACAUAUAUUCUAUGUCGGGGGUCCUCAACCUUGGCAACUUUAAGACUUGUGGACUUCAACACCCAGAAUUCUGGGAGGUGGUCCACAAGUUUUAAAGUUGCCAAGGUUGUGGACCCGUUCUAUGUGCUACAUCAUUGUUAUACUUUGGGGUAAAGAUGAGCUGACAAAGAGAAAUAUGAAUUUUGAGGGAGUUAACUGCAUUUCAAGAAGGAGCAGGUAGGAAAUGAAAAAAUGUUCUCUCUAGUUCUCCAGUUCUCUGGGCCAUCUUUGGUGGCCUAGAGCACAUUUAUUCUGUGCAUAUGAUUAACUGAUUAUGGACUAUUAAGUCAUUGUCAACUCUCAGGAUGAUCUGUUCCUAACUUGAUCUUUCAGGUCUUGCCUAUACACGUACUGCAUGGCCAAUAAGCUAGGAUAGUUAACCUGCCUGGAGAGAAUAGUUGUCCAUUGUCUACGGAAACAAUGAAAGUUUGGGGGUCCUUGGUGCUCCCUGAGCUUGUUUUUUUUUUUUUUUUUUUUUUUUUUUUUUGCAGCGGUUUCAUUACCCAACUAGGUGACCGUCUGUAAGAAAACAAACCAAGCUCAGAGAACACGAAGGAACCCCACAGUUCAAUCCUGACCUACAACUAUUGUCUUCUAUUGCUUCAGUAAAAGUUAUUUAAAAGCCCAGAAAAUUUGGACAGCAGAAUAUUUGCUCUUUUUGCCUCCUACCAAUCAGAUUCAUUUCGGGAGCGUCAGUGAGAAGCGACUCCCUUUUUCCAAGAGCGCCUCUUGCAGUAUAGAAAACGCUCAGUCCAGAUCACGGCCUCUCCAACAAACAAAGCGGUAGUCCGGAUCCGGAAGCUGCGGCUGGAGAGGGAGGUCCUGGGGUUGGUGCAGCCCCGACGGAGGUAGCGUGGCCGGCUGCUGUGUCCGGGGCGGAGCCGGUCAGAUCCCUCCUUCGCUUGCUUUUCAUCCGGCUGCGCCGCCUCUUUCAUGUCCGGCCAAGAAGGCGAGGGGGAGGAUGCGCGCGCGUCGGCAGCGGCCAGAGCAGGCGGGCAUCCGAGAACCCCGGGGUGCUCAAUUGUUCCGCUGAUGCGCGCCAAGGAGCCGGGGGCCGCGGCAGGCCCCGCUUGAACCACCACAAGUGAGGAACGAGGAAGGAACAGGAGAACCGGAACCUCCCGGACCAUGAGACUCCGCAUCUACAAGCGCAAAGUGGUGGCGCUGCUGCUGGUCUUGGGCGCCGCCGCCGCCUGUGCCUUAGUGCUUUGGGGAGGGACAAGCGAGGCCGGCGGCGGCAGCGGCAGCAACAGCAGCAAACGGGAAGAACCCGCGUCUUCGCCGCCGCUCCUGGGAGAUCGACCGUUGCCACCGGCGGUUACCACCAACAGCCUUCCAGUUAACGGGCGUCAUUCCAAUUCGUCUUGGAUAUCGCGGGAAGAAGCGCCGGGGCUGAAUCGCACCCUGCACUACCGGUCUCUGGUGUACCGACUCAACUUUGAUCAGCCGAUUCGCAACGAGGCGCGUUGGCGGCCCGGCGCCGCCGGCCCCGGAGAAGUGGCCGUGGCGCUGGUGGUGCAGGUGCAUGAGCGCACCGAGCACCUCCGGAUCCUGUUGGACUCGCUGCGACGCGCGACAGGCGUGGAAAAAGUGCUCCUCGUGCUUAGCCAUGACGUGUGGUCCGCCGAGUUGAAUGCGCUGGCUUCUUCCGUGGACUUCUGCGCUGUCCUGCAGAUUUUCUUUCCGUUCAGCUUGCAGCUCUAUCCGGGCGAAUUCCCAGGCACGGACCCACGCGAUUGUCCACGCGACGUGGGCCAAGCGGCAGCGCUGCGAAUGAGCUGCCUCAACGCCCACUACCCCGAUGCCUUUGGCCAUUACCGUGAGUCUAGUUUCACCCAAACCAAACACCACUGGUGGUGGAAGCUUCACUUUGUGUGGGAGAGGGUGCGUGCUCUGCGGGAGCACCCAGGCUUGGUGGUCUUCUUGGAGGAGGACCACUACCUGGCCCCUGACUUCUUCCAUGUUCUGCAACGCCUCUGGGCCCUGAGACAGCGUGACUGCCCUGAGUGCCAGUUGCUGUCCUUGGGCACUUAUGCCACUGUGCACGGCAGCUUUGCUGGCCGGGCUGACAAGGUGGAAUUGAAGACAUGGAAGUCCACAGAGCACAACAUGGGCAUGGUGUUUGCUAGGGACACUUACCAGCAACUGAUUGGCUGCACUGAUGCCUUCUGCACCUAUGAUGAUUACAACUGGGACUGGACUCUUCAGCAUUUGACUGUAGGAUGCCUUCCUCAUUUCUGGAAGGUGCUGGUUCCAGAGAUCCCUCGAAUCUUCCACACUGGUGACUGUGGCAUGCACCACAAAAAAUCUUGCCAACCCUCUGUUCAGAGUGCCAAAAUAGACUCGCUCUUAAGUAGCAAUCAACAAUACUUAUUUCCUGAAACUGUAACUAUUAGCAAGCGGUACUCAAUGACCCAUUUGAGCCCCCAUGUGAAAAACGGGGGUUGGGGUGAUAUUCGGGACCAUGAACUCUGUAAAAGUUACCGAAGAUUACAGUGAAAGAAGGAACAUUGAGUCUUUAUCUCUGUUGGACUGACUAGUCUUUUAAAUACACAAACAUAAAAUAUUUGGAAUUUGCUUCUAGUUUAACAUGGACAGCAAUGAUUACAGAUGUCAUUUGGUAAUUAAUUUUGGACACUGAAUAAUUAUGUGGAGCAAUGCUCAAAAUAAAAACUAUAAAUGCCUACUUGUUUACUGGAAA